AUGGAAUCCAGAUUACAAAGAUUAACCAACUUACAAGUCACUGCUGGUAACGAAUUGAGAAGAACCUCUAUCAUCGGUACCAUUGGUCCAAAGACCAACUCCCCAGAAGUUCUUGUCAACUUAAGAAAGGCUGGUUUAAACAUCGUCAGAAUGAACUUCUCCCACGGUUCCUACGAAUACCAUCAAUCCGUCAUCGACAACGCCAGAAAGUCUGAAGAAUUAUACCCAGGUAGACCAUUAGCUAUUGCUUUAGACACCAAGGGUCCAGAAAUCAGAACUGGUACCACCACCAACGAAGUCGACUACCCAAUCCCACCAAACCACGAAAUGAUCUUCACCACCGACGAAAAAUACGCCAAGGCCUGUGAUGACAAGAUCAUGUACUUAGACUACAAAAACAUCACCAAGGUCAUCUCCAAGGGUAGAAUCAUCUACGUUGAUGACGGUGUCUUAUCCUUCGAAGUCUUGGAAGUUGUCGACGACAAGACCUUGAAGGUCAAGUCUUUGAAUGCCGGUAAGAUCUGCUCUCACAAGGGUGUUAACUUACCAGGUACCGAUGUCGACUUACCAGCUCUUUCCGAAAAGGACAAGGCUGACUUGAAGUUCGGUGUCAAGAACGGUGUCCACAUGAUCUUCGCUUCCUUCAUCAGAACUGCCCAAGACGUCUUAACCAUCAGAGAAGUCCUUGGUGAAGAAGGUAAGGACAUCAAGAUCAUCGUCAAGAUCGAAAACCAACAAGGUGUCAACAACUUCGACGAAAUCUUAAAGGUCACUGACGGUGUUAUGGUUGCUAGAGGUGAUUUAGGUAUCGAAAUCCCAGCCCCAGAAGUCUUAGCUGUCCAAAAGAAGUUGAUCGCUAAGUCUAACUUGGCCGGUAAGCCAGUUAUCUGUGCCACUCAAAUGUUGGAAUCCAUGACUUACAACCCAAGACCAACCAGAGCCGAAGUCUCCGAUGUCGGUAACGCUAUCUUAGAUGGUGCUGACUGUGUCAUGUUAUCUGGUGAAACUGCUAAGGGUAACUACCCAAUUAACGCUGUCACUACCAUGGCCGCCACUGCUGUUAUUGCUGAACAAGCCAUUGCUUACUUACCAAACUACGAUGACAUGAGAAACACCACUCCAAAGCCAACCUCCACCACCGAAACCGUUGCUGCUUCUGCUGUCGCCGCUGUCUUCGAACAAAACGCCAAGGCUAUUAUCGUUUUAUCUACCUCUGGUACCACCGCCAGAUUAUUAUCCAAGUACAGACCAAACUGUCCAAUUGUCUUGGUUACCAGAAACCCAAGAACCGCCAGAUUCUCUCACUUAUACAGAGGUGUCUUCCCAUUCGUCUACGAAAAGGAUGCUGUUGCUGACUGGACUCAAGACGUCGAUGCCAGAAUUGCCUUCGGUAUUGAAAAAGCUAAGGAAUUCGGUAUCUUAAAGACUGGUGACAACUACGUCUCUGUCCAAGGUUUCAAGCCAGGUGUCGGUCACUCCAACACUUUACAAGUCGACACUGUCGCUUAA